UGUUGGUGCUGUGAGCAGCCAUGUUGAUUUGAUGUCACUUGCUGAACUCAGGGUUGAGGAGCCCAUCCCGAAUUUGUGAGUAGAAAUUCAGAGUUGAUGUUUUCUUUUUUCUACUUGGAGGACAGAAAUGCCAAGUUACGAGCUUUAGUCGAAUGCAGCAACUUCAAAGAGAAACAAAAAGAGGGUGAUGAGGGACAAAUGUUUAUAGCUGCUUUAACGUAAAUGAUAACAAGAACUAACUUUGUCUUGCAGAUGUUCCAUAACAUUGUGUUGAUGUUCGUGGAUCGCCAGCAGUCGGUCUGUGGUUACAAUUAACUAGCUAACCUAAUGCCCCAUACUGCUGAUAUAGGUAGCUAGAUUAUGUGGUAAGCAGAUUCAUAAACAUAAACAAAUCAACAUAAACAUUCAGAGAUGACACUGAAGGGUAUCUUGAACAGGUUCCUCUUCAGUUAAAACGUUUAUUGAUCCCUGAACAUUUGACAGUUUGCAUAUAUUUGUUAGUUAAAGGAUGUCUUUCAACAAAACUCUUGCUUGACAGAAAUCACACACACACACUUGCUCUCAGUCUUCGUUCGUCAUUCACCUUAAGAAUAUGCAAAUAUGCAAAUCAUAUGCAAAUCACCGAGCCGUCACACAUUCUCCCUCCUUCCCCGCGUGCGUGUCUCGCGUUCCCUCAGCCGUGGAAUUUUUUAGCUCGUGCCCGCUGCACGAAAAAAAAAGAAGAAGAAGACGAAGAAGAAGAAACACGAAGAGAGGGAGGUGGAGAAAAGAGGGAAGAAAAGGGGGUGGGGAGGAGGAGGAGGAAGGCGCACGCACGCGCGCAUCAGAGUGUGUGUAUGAGUGCGAGUGUGUGUGUGUUCGUGUGUGUAUAUGUGUGUGUAUGCACAGUCAGUCGGGUUUUCCUGCUGGAGAAGAGAAAAGGAAAGAGAAAAGAAAAGGGGGAAAAAAACCCAGAGAAAGAUAUGCAUGAUUUCGCAAAGCGGUCAUGAUGGGGAGCUCGUGCGUGCACGCGCCGCAUGCGUGUGUCCGCGCGUGCGUGCGGUAGGAGGAGAGAAAGACGCGGAGAAAGAAAAGAGAGAAGGAAGGAGGGAUUCGGCAUCGCAGCGCGAGCCUAGUAUUUAAUCCUCGGAGUGCUGUGUAUUGUGUAUUAAUCUCCCGAUGGAAGAAAUGGAGCGAUGAAAACCAGAACUCACAAAGAGCCGCUCACAGUUUGCAAAUUGUGACACCAAAUCUGAUGGAACCAGUUGGAUUAGCAGUCGAUGCUAACCUAUGCCCGUACGAAGUGGGCGAAGGCGGGGUGGCAGUGAGGAGCGGAGGGGGAGACGUCCACAUCCUAGCCCAUCUCGAGCAGAACGAAAUGAACGACAAACACAGAGAGCUGCAGGAGAAGAGCUUGGUUGCUUUAACAGACGACCACAAGGACAAGAUUCAUCCGAAAGUGAUGGAGAGCGGACUAUUCCUCCCCUGAAGAGACAGAAGGUCCAGGACUCUUUGUCCAGUGCCCCAACAUCAACCCAUUCAACUGGCACAACAACUUCGGCACCACAUUCAACUUCAUGCAACACCCAGUCACGGGAAAGUGACAACGAAGAUGGCCAGUCACAAGGCAGCCGCAGCUCAGCUGGAGGAAGCUUAGCUAAUAGCAGCAGUAGUAUUAGCAGUGGGCGGGAUAUCGAUCAGGACAAUCGAUCCUCUUCGCCGAGCCUUUCUGGCUCCCCGUUGGCCAGUUUGGACUCUGAAUCGGACUCGCCGGAUUCACCAAAGCAAAGUGGGAAGGUGAAAGAAGGAAUGGUGCCUAAACCAGGAGGAACAGGACGGGGGAAUGACAGUGGUAGCGGAGAAUGUCGGGACAAUGAGGGGGGGAAGGAAGCAGAUUUACCAGUACUGAAAUCACCAUCAUCUCUUUGUCCUUUGAAUGAAAGCAGCAGUGCCAGAAAAUCCUACUUUUCUGUUGACCCUAAAAUCGCGCCCAAGAUGGAGUUCUCCAGUGUUGUGGGCGAUGAGGCAUUACAUGGCUGCAGCCGCAGCAAUGUCAACCCCAAAACAGCCUCUCAGUGUGGAGGAAAGAUAGUGGUUGGUGGAGCAGAGUAUCCCCAUGGAAAUCCCAAUGUUAGCCAUGCCUCCUCCUCUGCUCUUCCACCUCCACCUGCUCUGAAGCCUCUAGAUGCAGGCCAAAGUGUUCCUGGUGAUGUUAAAAUGGAGAAAGUUGAGAAAUGUGACAAGGCUCCACCCUCUCUGCUUCCACAGUCCACUUCCUUAGCCCAACAGGCCCCCCCUCCUCGCCACACUCAUCACUACAGCCCUACUACAUGGUCAGGCAGUGCUGUUUCCACUUGCCCUGGAAAUUGGGGAUACACACGUUAUCCAGGUGUCCACCAUGCACCUGUGCAACAGCAACAAUUGCCCUCUGUCUACAAUCCCCCUUCCUCCACCCGUCACUCAUCCCAUCCCCCAUCCCAUCCCCCCUAUCUGCCCCACCCACACCCACCCCACCCACACAGGGAGUACUUGCCCAGGUACAGCAGUCCAGCUGAGCGGGACAGGGCUGCAAGGGACAUUGCAAUUAAAGAUGGCACUAGUGGUUCUGGUGCACACAACAGUGCUAAUAUGGGAAGUGACUUUGUGACUCCUGUUCCUGGACAGAACCGAGAAUUUGGAGCACCAGGCCGAGAUGGACCAUCAGGGGGUCGAGAAUUCCGACAGGGUUUCCGGGAAAGGGAUGCACUGAGAGACUUCUCUUUGCAGAAUCAGAACCAGCAACACGUAGCUCAGAGCCGGGACUUUGGACCUGGUGGGGCAAGUGGGGCUGGAGGUGCAGGUGGGUGUCACCCAAGAGAAAAGGAGGGAAGAUGGGGAGAGUUUGCAGGCCAGAUAAGGGAAGUAGGUGGCAACAGCAAUCCAAGUAAUGUCAACCAAGUAAAUGUUAGCACUUCAAGCUCCAGUUUACCAUCUAGCUCUCCACAAAACAGUUCAGCCACCCCAAACAAAGACUUUCAGUCUGCAGUGGAGCAGGUGGGGCAAGGGCAUCAAGGACAUCAAGUCCCUGCUACUGGUUCAGAUCCUCCCCCCACUGCACACUUUCUAAGGGAAUACCCUCCACCAGAGACCAAGGAGUACCCUCCAGCAGGGGCUCAACCUUCAUCUGCCCCUCAUCCUGGUCCUUCCAGAGAAUACCCAAGUCCCACCAGACUUGCUUCAAAUAUGGGUCGGGAUUUUGCUGGAGGGCCUGCUGUUCCCCACCCACACUAUCUGGUCCAGCCAGGUCUGACUGUGCAAUCUAGGGAGAGAGAAAGAGAGAGGGAGAGGGAAAGAGAAAGAGAGAACAGUGCUCCAUCUUCCAUUUAUCACAAUCGUAAUCACCCACCGUCUCUUUCUCCUUCCUCAUCUUCUUCCACACAUGGACACCAGCCUCCUGCCUCGUAUCCCCAGACUUCCCACGGCCAGCAGCCUCUUCCACCAUCCACACUUCCACCUAGUCAGACUCGUCCAGGGCAGUACCCCUCAUCCAAUCAGAGUCCACCCACUACUCUAUCUCCACUUCCUAGUCCAUCUACAAAUCAAAUGGGAGGAUUUCCUCCAUUUUCAUCAACUUCUGCACCUUCUGCAUCAGGUGCGGUCACUUCCUGUCUGUCUGGGUGCCGACCUGCUCCUUAUCAUGGCACUUUAAACAGUCACACCCCUUUUGCUGGUGCUUACCAUGGCAAUAGUAACCAUAGCAGCACUGUAGCUGCUAGCAAUCCAAAUAGCAGCAAUAGUGUUAACAGUCACAUGCAGCUGCAUUCGCCCACACCCUCUAAAAUCCAACCACAUCUUUGCAACCCUGUUGCUCCACCCAGUAACGCACCCACUGGUGCAGAUGGCCAGUCUGAAUCGUCAUCUUGUUCUUUGCCGCCACCUGUCAUAAAGGAGGAGCCAAUAGAAGAGAGGGAGGAAACUGAGAGUCCACCUUCUGUGCUCAGAAGCCCCUCACCUGAGCCAAAGGUUAUCGAUAUUCCAAUUCAUGCCAGCCAAUCUGCUCGGUUUCACAGGGUUCUAGAUCGUGGCAGUGGAAAUUCCUGUGCUCGCACUGAUGUCCUCUUCAUCCCUCUGGACGGAUCUAAACUCUGGAAAAAGAGGAAUGAGGCAAUUGAACGAGCAAGGCGAGAGGUGGAACAGAGAGCUCGGGACCUAAGAGAGAAGGAGAGAGAGCGAGAGAGGGAGAGAGAGCGGGAGCGAGAAAGAGAGAGAGACCUGGAGAGGCACUUACAGCAGAAGGACAAUAACCCUGGAGCAGUUCCCCGUCAGGGCUCUUCUCUCUUCUUCUCUCCUUCCUCCUCUAUUCUCCUGGAUCCUUCUUCCUCAUCCUCCUCUCCCUGUGUAAACCCCUCCCACCACCCUGCCCACCACCCUGCCCACCACCCCACCCACUCAAUUCACCCAUCCCAUGCCCACUCUCUCCACCCUUCCCUCUCUCAUUCCAUCCCUCACUCCCUUCUUCUACCAUCUGUUGGAGGUCUCGGUCCAUAUCUAGGGCCUGAUACACCAGCAUUGAGAACACUGAGCGAAUAUGCCCGUCCCCAUGCAAUGUCACCACUUGGCACGGCCAAUCGGGCUCCGCCUCAUUUUCACCCCCACCCCCAUCCGCAUUCACACCCUCACGUCCACCCCUCCCUCUUCCUGCCCCAAUUCCAAAACCCCGCUCUUGCUCAUCCACAUCACCUUCCUGCUGAUGCGGCCACCGCUGCAGCCAUCCUUGGAUUUCUUUAUGGAACCGGCUUGGAAGGAGGCCACGGCCACCCUGGGGCGGGGCCGGUGGCAGGGCCUGGCCCAGCUGGGAUGGCAGGGCUAGGGGCCGGCCUUGGAGGGAUGGGGUUUCCACACUCUGUGACGGCUCAUAGGGAGCGAUUGAAGUCGGGAUUUGACUUUAAAAGUGAAUUUGACUCACAUACACACUCUCAUUCACACUCCUUACUGCUAGGAGGCGGGGCUGGUGGUGGAGCUCCAACCAGUGAGGUUGCCCUUUAUGGGACUCCUCCACCUCCAGCUCCGCCCCCUCAAGCCCUUGCUACAGUUACAAGAAAUCCGAGCGCUGUCCCUCAGCCUUUGUCAACCCCGCCUACUUCUUCUUUGUUACCACCUUCCCUACCUAGUCAUGCCCCUCCCACUGUAAACCCUAUAGGUCCUGCCCCUCCCCCGCCUCCUCCUGCACCUCCCCCACCUCCUCCUGCACCCACGGCUUCUUCUCUUCAUCACCCCUCCUCUCACUCCUCCCACCCCACCCAGCCCCCAGCCCCCGAAGGUUAUUCCGCCCCGAGCCGGACUCCGCCUAGUACCGAGAGAGCAAGGAGUGUGGAGAGAGAGAGGGAGAAGGAGAGAGAGAGAGCACUGCCGGGUGGAGACAGGGAAAGAGGAGCCCCAGCAACCCCAGCCGGGGGUGGAACUUCAGGAGGAGGUGGGGCAUCAGGAGGAGGUGGUGCAGGAGAGUCUCUGGGGCGACUGCAAAUGCUAAACGUGACUCCACAUCAUCACCAGCACUCACACAUUCACUCUCACCUGCAUCUACACCAGCAAGAUACAGCACCUAGCAGUGUGCACCCGCUCAUUGAUCCGUUAGCGACGGGAGCUCCGUUACCACGGCUACCGUAUCCAGGAUCCAUCAUCACACACCCGCUCACAGAGAGCGACGUACUGCGACAGCAACUCUUCGGCGCUCCGUUCCGUGAUUUACCCCCUCACUCCUCCAUGCAUCAUCAGAACGCAGAGCUUCAGAUCCAGAGACUUGCACUGGAGCAGCAGUGGAUUCAUCACCACCAUCACUCUCUCACACAGGAAGAGUAUUACAGCCACCUGAAGAAGGAAAGUGACAAAACGCUGUGAGUGCAGAACUGAGCGACGAAGAAACACGGGAAAGUGCAAAUAAACAAAUGAAGGAAGUGACAGGAGUGAUCACAAACUCUCUACACACAACAUAACACAACAACACAGCAGCGGUCCGACAGUCUGAGUGCGCACUACUGACACAUCCUUUAUCAAACACUAAUGUUAAAAUCAUAUUACUCCAACACGACAGUGCAGUGCGUUCUGAUUGGCUGAGAACAACUACACACAAUAAUGCAUAAACCACAGCUAUGUAAAAUACUUGAUUUUGAUUGGCUGGCAUAUUAUGUAACCAUCAUCAUAGAUCAUUUUAUGCUUUCUAAAAUGGUGGACAGAGCGGCCACAAUUUGGCUGUGUACAUGAUGCGUACUACAGGCAGAAUUCAGGCGACUUAAGUCCAAGAGAUGUGUCAGUAUUUGUGAAGAAAGUGUUUUUUUUUUUUUUUUUGCCUUAACGUAGACGCUUAGGCCUACAAAAACAUUAGAUGAUUGGAAAAAAGCAGACUAAUAAAGUGGAUCACAUUUUAAUUGAGAAAUAAACUGCCAAUUACAACACAAUGACAAUUAAAAAAAACACAUUUUUGACCAAUACAGCAAUAUACAAAUGAUCAGUCAAAUAAAUGCCUAAUAUUACCUUAAUAUACUGCACUGACAUGAAUAUCUCUUUCCAUUUCUCUUGCAAAUUGGUCUCAGUUUAACAGUUUAGAUUACACAUUAUUUGGCUGCAAGCCUAUAACUAACUAAUAAUAUGGAAAUAGGCCAAACAAGAAAAUCCCUUCUAUAUUUAAUAUUUUUAUAUUUAAUAUGUAAGAAACAGGACAGAAUGUGCUGUUACAGGAAAACAAUCAGUGACAGUUUAAAGUGUUUUAUUUCUCUUAUAGACAUCCACAGCAAUUUACCAGCAAUUAUAAUUGAUUAUUUAUUGAAGAACGUCAUACUUUGUGUCUGCUUAUAGUUAAUUUUUAAUGUGGAACGUCCAAGCACUUUAGUCCCUGCUAUCACUUACAUUCCAGUAGCUAAAAAUAAUCAUUCUCUCAUUUUCUCUUAAAGUUAAUACAACAAAAAAAAAAAAUGCCACAAAGAACAAAAUUCUCUGUCCUGAAGAUUUUGAUGUGGUAGAAAACCUAAAGUUACAGCUUUGUUUACAAAGCACGGACACUGGAGACUUCUUCGAUUUUUUUGCUAAGUAAACGUCUCCUUAGAGAAAACCUCACCAUACUGAUGAUUUGUUAAAUCACAGUACACUUUUAAUCUAUUUCCAAUUAGACACAGAGCAACAUUCAUACAAAUCCAUACAAAUUGGCUGUUGCUACAGAAAUGAUAAUGCAUUAGAAUGAGUGCAUUGAUAUAAAGCUGUGAAAUAUUAUCAUACCCUGAACUUCUCAUUUGUCGCAUCCAACAAAAUGCACUUAAAUUACUUAUAAUCACAGAUCACUAAGAAAUACCUGAGUUUUUGGAAAACUGAUGACAAAUUUGAAAAGAUUUCCAUAUAAUGAGAAAAGACGGGAAAGUUGUUUACUAGAAAAGCACUUAUAAAGAAAGUCUAAUUGUGUGCUAAGUCUACAUUACUCAAAGGAGUUAGCUAUUCAAUUUUGUCUACAAACCCUAGCUCUAGCUACUUUAGUAAGCUAGCUUGUUUAUUUAAAGAAGUCCUCAGCUCUGUGAAUUGUUUGUAAAACAUGUCGAAGUUUGCCAAAGGACUAGAAUUUCUAGUUAAUGCACUCUUUGACUAGCCUGCUAGCUUGGAGGGCCAUUUAAAUGCAUUAUGGACUCAAAUGGUGAGAUUUUUAUUUCAAUUUUUAAUUUAUAUUUAAAACUAUAUAGAAUGCAUUAUACUAUAUCAAGUAAAAUGAAAUCAUUUCAACUGUUGUUAAAGAAGAACACCUUUAAAAAUUGGUGUGUAUUAGAACGGGGCACUGUUUUCAACACUGUAGUGGGAAUUUCAGUAGUGCGCACUCUGUCACCUAUCGAGGACUUUUAUAGGGACAAAUAUUUGAUAACCGAUGUAAUAAACAGUCAUGUAAGUGCACUCAGACGUUUGAGAGCCAGCGAAUAAAUCAGACUUUCUCUUUUUUGUCUUUGCAUGUAGCUAUAAACAAACAAACAAACAAAAAAGCCCUGAUAUUUGAAUUUUUGGGCUAAUACUAAAAAAAAUUUACUUUUUUUUUCUAGUGACUCGCUCCAAGGGAGCGAGUGUGUACUCGAGUGUGCAUGUGUAUCUACACUCCGCUCUCAUACACCCUUUCUUUGUAGUAUUGUUCUUAAUUAUUAUUAUUAUUAUUAUUAUUAAUAUCAAUGUUGUCAAUGUUUGUUAAUAAUUAUGUAAUUAUAUAAACAUAUUAUUUUGUGUUUUACAUAUUUUUUUACAUUUUCAUGGUACCGUUUAUUUUUUAUUUUUAUUUAGAAUUUUACUUGUGGGGGAAAAAAAAUUGCAAGUUUCCAAUUGAA